AUUAUAAUAUUAUUCGACGAAUUCAACAAAAGACACAAGCCUAUACACAACUCGCUCUAAAAUUGAAAAUUGAAUGUAUCUGAACUAAUUCAGCUAUGGACUUGUACAACAUAGAACAUCGUUUAAUGAUAUUGGAAUGCCUUAGGGAGAACUCCUCAAAUAUGCGCAUCGAGCAAGAAAAUUUACGUGAACGCAUUUCCCAAGCCUUAGUACGUGCUCGGACUAGUUUGAUGUGCAUCCGGCAGCUCAAUAUUGAGCUUCAGGAAAUGAAGGUAACCGUGGAGAAUGCCUUGGCCACCGAUCUACAGAUUAUAGAAGAAAUCGUAGAGCCAGAAUUGGUUGAAGAUACAGACCAAAAUGCUUCGAUUGCCCAAGAGCAAAUAAAAGAUGACAUCGCCAAGGAGAAGGAAUGUGACGGGGCAUAUUCCAAUUGCGAAGACUCGAAAGAUGCAAUUGAUAAGCAGUAAUGAGCAAGAUUUACAAGAGUGUUAAGUUUUUAGUUAUAUUUUAUAGUACAAUAGUUUUGUUUCAUGAACACAGAUUAAAAGUUCGUCUGCCGCAACAAUUCUAGCAAGAAAA